UAAUACUAUCACCUGGCGCGUGGAUUCAUUGAAUUUGGAGACUCUCUCUCUCACUUUUGUCUUCGUGCUUGCAGAAAAGGUUGCGCAUGGAAGUUGUGAGUGGAAAAGACGGUCAAUCUUGGCACCCUUUUCCUUUUGAAUUGGACGAAUCCAUAAAUUUUAGAGGGCAGAUUACGUAAUUCACUUUCGCUUCCGACCAUUCUGGAAAAAAGGUUGAAGGUGAUGAUCUCCUGUGAUUGUGUUGAGCCUCAGUGGGCAGCUGAGGAGCAGUUGUUAAAUUUUCAGUAUAUUGCGGACCUUUUUAUUGCAUUUGCCUAUUUCUCCAUUCCGGUGGAACUUGUAUAUUUUGUCCAGAAAUCUGCUUUCUUCCCUUACCGAUGGGUGCUAAUCCAGUUUGGUGCAUUUAUUAUUCUCUGUGGAGCAUCCCACUUUAUAAGUCUAUGGACAUUCUCCGUUCACUCUAAAACUGUUGCUGUAGCCGUGGCAAUAGCAAAAAUGUCCACUGCAGUUGUGUCAUGUGCUACUGCACUGAUGCUUGUUCAUAUUAUUCCUGACCUGCUAAGUGUGAGGAACCAGGAAUUAUUUUUGAAGAGUAAGGUUGAUGAGCUGGACAGAGAGAUGGGCAUUGUUAUAAAACAGGAGGAAUCUGGAAGGCAUGUUAGAAUGCUAACUCACGAAAUCAGGAGUACCCUUGACAGGCAAACCAUAUUAAGGACCACUCUUGUUGAGUUGGGUAGAUGUUUACAAUUGGAGGAAUGUGCACUGUGGAUGCCAUCAAGACGAGGUCUCAAUCUCCAACUUUCUCAUACUCUUAACUCUCUCAUACCUGAUGGGUCAAGCGUGCCUAUUAAUCUUCCCGACUUAAGUGAAGUCUUCAAUAGCGCUAAAGCAAUUCGUCUUCCACAUGCCUGCCCUCUGGCCAGGAUCAGGCCUGCAUUUCGAAGAUAUAGUGCCCCUGAAGUUGUUGCUGUUCGCAUACCUCUUUUAAACAUCUUGGAUUUCCAAAUCCACAACUGGCCUGAACUUUCUUCAAAAAGUUAUGCGCUGAUGGUAUUAAUACUACCUAUGAACGGUGUAAGAAAAUGGCGUAAUCAUGAGUUAGAACUUAUUGAAGUUGUUGCCGACCAGGUUGCUGUUGCUCUUUCACAUGCUGCAAUUCUUGAAGAAUCUAUGUGGGCACACCACAAGCUCAUAGAGCAAAAUGUUGCUUUGAAUUCGGCUCGAAAAGAAGCAGAGGCAGCUAUCUAUGCUCGUAAUGAUUUCCUGGCUAUGAUGAAUCAUGAAAUGAGAACACCAAUAAAUACAGUUCUCUUGUUGUGUUCACUGCUCUUGGAGACUGAACUAACUCUGGAUCAAAGGGUUGUAAUAGAGAUGAUACUUAAGGGUUGCAAUCUUAUAGCAACGCUCAUUAGUGAUGUUCUGGAUCUUUCGAGCCUUGAAAAUGGCAGCCUCAAAUUGGAUGUUAAAGCAUUCAAUCUUCAUGGUGUUUUUCGAGAGGUUGUAAAUUUGAUAAAGCCAAUUGCAUGUGUAAAAAAGUUAUCGGUUAGUUUGAUUUUGAGUCCAGAUUUGCCUCUCUAUGCUAUUGGGGAUGAAAAUAAGCUGCUGCAAACAAUAUUGAAUAUUGUGGGAAAUGCUGUUAAGUUUACAAAGGAGGGUUCUGUUAGAAUUUUUGUUUCUGCUCCCAAGCUGAAGUACAUUAGAGACUGGGAACUUUCGGAAGCUGCUUUUUGCAAUGGCCAAUUCUACUACUUACAAGCGCAGGUUAUGGAUACUGGGCAGGGUAUUGAUCCCCAAGAAAUUCCUUUAGUCUUUACCAAGUUUGUCAAGCCUUAUAGUUCUUCAAGUCAGAGCGGUAGUGGUGCAGGUCUUGGCCUUGCCAUUUGCAAACGGCUUACAAAUCUAAUGGGAGGCCACAUCCGGAUUGAGAGUGAAGGCCUCGGCAAAGGCACCACAGUUACAUUCAUCGUCAAACUUGGGAUCUGUAAACCCAAAUGAAGAGGUAACCUUUUGAAAUCAGGACUACACAGAGAUGCAGCCAAACUUUCCCCCUUGUGCCGACUGUUAUAGCAGGGAUAAUGAUCAAAAUAAGCUUUUUGGAUUAGCUGUUUUUGAAAUAUUUUACUGUAGUAAUAUAAGUGAAAAACUUUUACU